ACUUCCGUCUGUCUCUUUCGCUUGACAGUGAAAUAAUUUUAUAGCAGGAUUACACUGCUAACUGAAAGGAAGGACAUUGGGCUGUGUCCCAAACCGCUCCCAAUUGAAUAUGUAGUGCACUCGAUUAUUUGUGCUAUGUUGAGUAAACCUUAAAAAGCUCUCUGAAACACAUAGUGCACUAAUCCGUUAUUUCACUCUUUUUUACAGCCAGUAGGGAGAUAAAUCCCAAAGGGCACUACAGAGUCUGGAGAAAGCAAUUUGUUCAUCUCAUAGUGGGCACGUAGUGCACUAAUUUUGCUAGAGCAGUGUGGAAAGGUUGCCAUAGUCACAGGAGGAACACGUGGCAUUGGAUACGAGAUAGUGAAGCAACUUCUGAAUCUGGGAAUGCACGUUAUUAUAGCCUCUCAUGAUGAACAAAAAGGCUUUGUUGCAAUGGAAAAGCUUCGUAAAGAGACUAGUGAAGCUCAAGUGGAUUUUGAGUUUCUGGAUCUGGCCUCCCAGAACUCAGUGUGUGAGUUUGUACGACGGUUUAAGAAACGAAAACUCUCCUUACACAUACUCAUCAACAACGCGGCUGUAAUGCUAGUUCCUGAGGAGAAAACACAUGAUGGUUUUGAGCUUCAUUUCUCCGUUAACUACCUAGGUCACUUUCUCUUGACUCGGCUCCUUUUGGACGCACUGAUGCAUUCUGGGAAGGAGAAAUGUUCCAGAGUAAUUAGCAUUUGCUCUUCGGCGCACUACGUGUCUGAUAGAAACGUGCAGGACUUUUUUCACAGCACGCAGGAUUAUAGUUCCCAUGCCUCGUAUGCCCGAAGUAAACUGGCACAGCUCCUGUUCACUUAUCACCUUCAUCAGAAGCUCCAGUCAGUUGGUUGUGAUGCUGUGACGGUGAACGCUGUAGAUCCGGGCAUGGUGGACACAGAGCUGUACUGCCACAUGAGCUUUCCGGAAAAACUGGCACAAAAACUCAUUGCCUGUCUGUUGUUCAGGACUCCGGCGCAGGCAGCACACACAGCUGUGUACGCAGCGGUAUCUCAGGACUUUGAAGGCGUUAGCGGCUGCUAUGUACACGAAGGAAAACCUGUGAAAUCGUCUUCCACUUCUUAUGAUGCCGAGCUCCAGAUGGAAUUAUGGAACAACACUUGCAGGCUGCUACGACUCCCAGUUAGCAUAAAGUAAACUAAAAAAAGGUUAAACUAUAUUACAGAAUUAUGAGUCAUGUUUUUAAUCAAAGCAGCUUUAUUUUACUUUACAUGUUUGUUUCUAUGAUUUUUAUGUUAUAUGUGAACAAAGUAUAAAAUGUCAAGAGCAUAAAAAUGUUGGACAUGUAUCAUUCGGUGCACAAAUAAUGAGGCAGACUCAGCAUGUGAAAGCCUUCCUGAGCAAUGAGGAGUAAGGCGUACGACUGCACUAAGUAUGAACGCUCGGCUUUGGAGACUGCAUUUCUUUCGAUUUUUCUCUCCAUCUUGAUUUGUCUUAUUGUACUUUCACAUUUGUCUCAACCAUCUCUGAGCACCGAAAGACUGUGAAAAUGUAUAUAACUAUUCUGUUAUAAUAUAAAAUGCAUAAUGUUGAUAGUUUGUGAUUUAUAAUAAAAGUGUUUUCAUAUUUUGAAA